AUGGAAAGAAUCAAGAGGCUCCAUGUUUUUGCGGUCAUGCUUGCAGUGCUCUUUCAGUCAUCUGGCUCAAACAUUUGUUCAACAACUAUCUCUGAAGACCUCAGGAGAGACUGUCACCCAGAACCUGGAGCUACUGAAGUGGCCUGCCUAAGUCGUGGCUGCCGGUGGUGUGAGACAAGUAGCCUUAAUGUUCCCUUUUGCUUCUACGACUCCACUGAAGAUGCAGCUUGCCCCAGUGAUGUUCCAGUUCAGAAACGCGUUGACUGCCACCCACAGCCUGAUGCCUCAAAAGAAAAAUGUGAAGCAAAGGGUUGCAUUUGGUGUUCUACAAAAGUCCCUAACGCUCCAUGGUGCUAUUUCCCAGCAGAUGAUCCUUAUGGCUACUUUGCAACUGAGAAGCCACAAAAGACAAGUAAAGGAUGGAGAGUAAUGCUGACAAAACGUGACACUAUGUCACUGUUUGGCAAUGAUAUUUCUCCUGUUGCCAUGGAUGUGGAGUUCCAGACAAAUGACAGACUCAGAUUUAAGAUAUAUGAUCCUAAUAGUGAAAGAUUUGAAGUUCCACUCAAGAUUCAAUCUUCGUCUGCUGUUGCUGCUGCUGACACCAGAUAUGACAUCGAGUUCAUAAAUCAUUCCUCCCUUCAGUUUAAAAUCAUAAGGAAAAGCUCAGGAACAGUACUGUGGGACACAUCACUUGGAGAUUUAAUUUUUUCCAAACAAUAUCUACAGAUUUCAACCACUGUACCCUCCACCUCAGUAUAUGGAUUUGGUGAACAUGAACAUCUGUCCUUUAAACACAAUAUGAACUUUGUUACCUAUGGAAUGUUUACCAGGGACCAGUCACCAGCGCCAUUUGCCAAUCUUUAUGGAGUUCAUCCUUUUUAUAUAUGCAUAGAGAAUGACUCAAAUGCUCAUGGUGUCCUCUUCCUUAACUCCAAUGCACAAGAUGUUACUCUGAGUCCAAAUCCAGCCUUAACCUUCCGCACUAUUGGAGGUAUCCUUGACUUCUUUGUGUUUCUUGGCCCAACUCCGGAAAAUGUAAUCCAGCAAUACACAGAGGCCAUUGGACGCCCACAUUUACCUGCCUAUUGGUCUCUGGGAUUUCAGCUGUCUCGCUGGGAUUAUGGCAGCAUUGAUGUGUUAAAAAAAACAGUUGCUCGCAUGCAGCAGUAUGAUAUUCCAUAUGAUGUCCAACAUGGUGAUAUUGACUAUAUGGAACGUAAUCUGGACUUUACCUAUGACAAAGAGAAUUAUUCAGGUCUGCCAGAGUACAUUCGACAACUGAAAAAAGAUGGAAUGCACUAUGUCAUUAUCCUGGAUCCUUUCAUAAGUAAGGAUGAAGCACCAGGUACUUACAGGCCCUAUGAACUUGGAGAAGAAAUGGGAAUAUGGGUUAACAAUUCUGAUGGAAUAACUCCAGCUGUUGGAAAGGCAUGGCCACCUGGAGAUUCAGUGUUUCCUGACUACACUAACCCCAAGACAGCUGACUGGUGGACCCAACUAUGUGUUGAGUUCAAAAAUGUCCUUGACUAUGAUGGACUCUGGAUUGACAUGAAUGAACCAGCUAAUUUUGGAACUGGCCAGCAGCCAGGCUGCGCUCCCAAUGAUAUCAACAACCCCCCAUACGUGCCUCGAAUUACCAGUAACUCUCUGGCUUGGAAGACUCUAUGUCCAGAUUCAAAGACUUAUCUGGGCAGUCAUUAUAACACACAUUCCCUCUUUGGCUGGUCACAAACAGCACCAACUUUCUAUGCUACUCAGAAGGCUACUGGAAAGCGAGCAUUUGUUCUGAGUCGUUCUACAUUUGUCGGCAGUGGGAAAUAUGCAGGUCAUUGGCUAGGUGACAACUUUUCACGUUGGAAAGAUAUGCACAUGUCAAUAAUUGGAAUGAUGGAAUUUAAUCUUUUCGGGAUUCCGUAUAUUGGUGCUGAUAUCUGUGGAUUUAACUUGGAUACAACCUAUGAACUCUGCUUGCGCUGGAUGCAGCUUGGUUCAUUUUAUCCAUUUUCCAGAAACCAUAAUGCAAAGGGCAAUAAGGAGCAAGAUCCAGCAGUGUUUGGAGCAGAGUUUGCUGCAAUAUCUCGGUCUACACUGCUGAUUAGAUAUACACUGUUGCCUUACUUAUACACCUUAUUCUUUGACUCGCAUGUUCAUGGAAACACAGUGGUACGAGGUCUGAUGCAUGAAUUUACUUCUGAUCUGCAGACUCAUGGAAUAGAUAAGGCUUUUCUUUGGGGACCUGCUUUUAUGAUUGCUCCUGUUCUUCAAGAGGCAAGUACUGCAAUUUUAAAAGUUUGAAUACUGGAAUUAAAGACAUGAACACUGCUCACGCUUUAAAAUCGCAUAUGGGGUAGUUCACAUACAUCCCUACUCACCCACAUUUUCUUCCACUCGCAAUGCCUGAGGAAUGAAUUUCAAAAAGAUACCAAGCUGUAAAGAAAGUACAAUUAUGCAUACAGAAGUGGGACUCUGCUAUUUGCAAAUUUGUAUUGUGCUGAUGGCACUCUAUGGGGACAUCUGUAGCAAUAAGGUUGUUAUAGAGUUUGAAAGUAGGAAGAAACACACAC